AAAAGGGACGUUUAAUUAUGAUACCCUAGGAUGGCGCUUGGAAGAAAGUUUGAGAGGAAGUCUAAGACUGCCGUUUAAAGCGAAGGAGACUCGUGGAGAGAUUCGGGUAAUUUAUUUUACAGUAUAAAAGCCAAAAAGCUGAUCCGAGCGGUGAGACACAAAGCUGUAAUUGAAUUUAGUGGAAACCAAGAAUCUUAAUAACAAAAGCAAAAACGUUGACUUUGACGGGUCUGGUAGAAAUUCAACGCCAUUAACAGAACAUUGCUGCAGCCAUUUCAAGUUGCUUCUAUUUUAACAAAUUCAUUUUGCACAAACACCUGUACAAAGGUGAGAACAGAUAAAUGUUAAAAAUAAAAUAAUUAACAUGGAUAACAAAAAUGGCAGUAACGCAACAAACAACCUUGGCAAGGAAGAUGUGAACAGAAGCGACUACAGAGGAGCAUUAGUUCUCUUUGGAUUGCUUUCAAUAUCUGCCAUUGCUGCUAACAGCUUGAUCCUGGUGCUGAUCUGGAAAAAAAGACAUCUCCGCACCACUUCCAACACAAUUCUUGCCAGUCUCGCAGUAAGUGACCUUCUCACUGGCGUGGUGGCAGUGCCAAUGGUGAUUGCGUGCACAGAGACGUUAAUACAGGAUGUCUGCAUCGCCAUGGACAUCUCAAAUCGUUUCCUGGCCUUCUCAUCUGUGGCCCACCUUAUUAUCUUAUCCGUCGACCGUUAUAUUAGAAUAAUCAAGAUCUUACAAUAUCCGUCCAUCGUCACUAAAGUAAGACUCGCUUGGACGUUGGCAUUCACGUGGGUGUUCUCACUACUGGCUUCAUUGGUGCAGCUAACUUGGGUUCUACACGCCACAAUGGAUGAUGACACAAUGAUCCGCUUUGACCUAGGAUACGACUUCUUUCACAUGAUUGCCCUCGUUAUGGUGCCCCUCUUCUUGAUGAUAAGUAUCUAUACGAAACUUUUCAUCCAUCUUCGCUGGCAAUGCAAGGAGAUCCACAGCGAUUUGUCUGGACAUACGGUGUCACAGUUUAAUGCAAGGAGACGAAAAGUGAAUGAAAAAAAAACUGCUUUCUUGUUCAUUGCAAUGAUCGCAGUCUUCAUAUUUGGCCUGUUUUUGUAUUUUUUAUGGGCGAUUAUAGACGAUUUGGAAGUAAUAGGGCUUCUUAACAUAGAGCGAAGCGCACAGAACAUAAUUGUCCCUGUCAUCAUUUUCCUUCGCUUUUUGAGCGCGCUGUGUAAUCCCCUUCUGUGUACAUUCAUGAAGCAAGACUUUUUAGACGCUUUGAAAUCCUUUCUGAAUGCGUUUAGAAGUUCGAGAAGGGUUUAA